CUAGUUUAUUAUCUAUCAAUUCAUCCAUCAGAUCAGUCACUUCAAACUUUUUGGGUCCUACUUCAUUUCAAUCGGCUACUCCUAAAUCUAAAUCAGACACUUGGUCAUCAUCUGUCAAAUCUCAAUCAUUUCAUCAACCGAUCCGAACCGAUCCGGUUCUCGAAACUCUCAGACCUGAAGAAUCACCAUACCGUACCUCUCCCUUGAUCCGAUCCCAAACCUCAGUACCAACUAAAUCUUCCGACCUCGGUUCCCAACCUUCGAGUUCUACCAGUUCUUUAUCGUCUCAUCAAACCUCUCUACCUUGUCCUCCUAGAAGAUCAUCUAGAUCAGUUAACCCUGAGUCCUUCAAACCUAGACCGUUACUAAGUCAUUUGAUCAUCAAGAAACCUAGCACAACCGUCGGCUCGUCUAAAACGGAUUUCGAACGGAAUGGAAUGUUAAGUGGUCCUUUGGUGGCUCCUCCUACAGCUGCUUUACCUCCGAUUCCAGACGAAGGUACUGAAAAGGGUUCAGAAGAAACCGUUCAUGGGUCUUGAUCUUGGAUUCAUACUCUUGGUGUUUUUUUUUGUUGGAUUAUUACUUUCUCUCUUCAUUCAUUUAGUUCUCUUUUUAUAUUUUUUCUUUUUUUUUCUCAAUCAAAAACUCUCGCUCUCUUUCUCUCUUCCUUUCCCUCUUAUUUGUUCAAGUCUUCUCUUUCGAUCAUCUUUCUUUGCAUGAUUUGUUUUUCUUAAAUUUCGUUAGGUUUUCAUCAACUCAUUCUUUCUUGACAACCAAAUGUCAAUUCUUCUUGACAUUCUGUUUGUUUUCUCUUCUUUAUCAAUCAUUUUUAUCAAUUCUGAUCACCUCAUUUUUUUUCUUUACAAGUCAAACUCAAUUCUUCUUGAAAUUACCUGUGUGUGUGUGUGGUUCUCUUUUUUUUAUACCUAUCAUUUUUUCAUCAACCUCAUUCUUUUUUACAACCGAAAGUCAAUUCUUCUUGACAUUCUCUAUAUAUGUGUUCCUUCAUUCCAUUUUUUUUACAUCAAGCUCAUUCUUUUCACAC